AUGGCUUUAAAAGUGGACUGCAGAGUUGCAGCCGAAGAAUCAACCCCGCUAGCAGAUGUGGCCUUGGCAUGGAAGAGUCUUCACAAAGCCAAAGAAGUGUUACAGAGGAUUGAAAACAAAUUUGACCAUGAAGAUCGGAAUUAUGCCAAAGCUCAGAAAGCCAGGAAAAAGCUACAAUGCGAAAGGAACCCCGACAGUAACAGAGGCCAAGAGGAACCCGUUUCAAAUGAAAUCAAGACUGAGGAGAGCUGUCUAUCCUGCAGGGGAAAUUGUGCAAGUGUUUCUCCUGCUUGGCCAGAGAACUGGUCCUUUGAGAGCCAGGCUGUGAGGAAUGAGUCAGCGAGAAUGAUGCAUCUGCCUUGCAGCAGGGAGCCAACCUCUUCAACAUGCAGCCCUGGCAGAAUGGAUGUCCAAGGCGGCAGAGCUGCAGCUGGCACUCAGUCCGCUCCAGAGACACUAAGCGUACUGGGGAGGAGGGGCAGUUUUAGUGACCAGGUAAACACAGGCAAGAAGAGCCCCACAGGACAGAUGGAGGGAGCUCCCCGCUCCCCACAGCAUCUGCCCUCUUCCCCUGAGGACAGCAAGCGAGCUGCCCCCUGUGCAGUCUGGAGCCACACUCCCCUGGGCCCAUCAGCCCUGCCUGCCAUGCGCCCCCUUUUCCCCUGCAAUAGUCCCAGUGCUCAGAAGCAGCAGGGACUGAGGAGAAGAUCACCCGGCAACAAGCUAGAGCGACUCAGAGAGAGAAUUCGGGAGCAGAAGCAGCGACACCAACGCCUGAGUCAGGAAGCGAAGCAGCCCAGUGCCAGCUACGCCAGGGAACUGCUGCCUGGAGGGCCCCUGAAGAGGAAGGUUCGCAAAGUGGCCUGUGCUCCUCCAGCCCCAGUUUACAGAGGUUUUAGUGCUGUAAAACUGAAGGUUGCUCAUUCUUCUGCGGAUGAGGAGACUGGAAUAUCAGAAUCUGAAGAAGUGGCCACCACCAGACAAAGUGGGGAUUAUAAAAACACGAGUCCAGACCAAAGAGACAGACGCAUGACAAGCAGAAGUCAAAGGUCCAAGCAAGAACAGAGUUCAUCCAAGUCUCCUGUCCCCAAGAAAACACUGAAAGAGAAAGGAUCCAAACUGAUUGGUGCUUCUGCAUGGCGAGAAGGUCAGAAGCUGGUGAAAAAGUUGCUUGGUCCACCUCCUAAAUUUACAAAGCUGGGGAGCACAUCUGAGGAGCAGAACCCUAAAAAUGACUCUGAAUCUUGUAAAGAUUUUGUAGCAACCCCACAAAUGGAACAAAGCUCUAGAGAAAAUGGUGUUCCCGGUGGAGGUGAUCACAUGGUGAACAGCCCUCCUCAUAAAAGCUGUCAGACUACACCCGGCAGUUCCAUUGAAAUUGCCAGCAAUGCACUGACCAGAGAUGCAAAGCAAAUACUAAGGGAUCUAUAUUUGCAAAACCAAUCUUGUGAGGAAUACAGAAGGACAAAGCUGCAGAAAGAUACCACAACAGGAAAGGCAGAAGAUUCAAAGCCAUAUCCAGAAACCAAUCCUCCUUCAACUGAAAUCAGCAGCAUCACUCGCUCUGAUUACAGCAGAGACAAGACCAGGUCCUCGUUAAUGAAAGCUGGAAUAGAGCCAAGAAAUUGCCACGGAGGAAAAAGUGCAUCUCUUCCAAGAAGUAAGGGCUCAAACAGCCCAGGACAGAAAGUGUCUGAGAAGGAAAAUAUUAAGAAGAGGGUAAACGUAGGGAAAGCCCAUGCCUACAGCCCAGAAGAAGUGCAUGAAUUUAUGCACAGAAAGGUUGAGGAAAGAAAGAAGAAAAACCUAGAAGAGAAAAAGUCUUUAAAGCAGGCCAGAGAAACAAGAGCUCAGAGGUUGCAAGAGUUGUACAGGAAACAGAAGGAAGCUUUUGCAAAGAAAUCAUGUUCUGGGGGGGCACAGGCUUUAAACAGGGGAUCUGUUCCUGCAACACAACGUUCUCUGUAUAAACUUGCCCAAGAACAGACAAUGAAAAGGAGCCUGGAAAGGAAUUUUAUGGAGUGGGUGCAUAAAACAUCAUGUGCAUUAUUGAGAAGUGAGGAGCAGGGAAGCAGUGACUUACAUCCAAAGACAACUCAGCCACCUAAAGCAACAGAGACAUUCGAUUUUCCUUCUUCACUGGCAUCUGAAAGUGGGUUCCUCAGCCCUUUGAACCUUAAAGACUUGGCAGUCAGCCCUUCUCCAGCUCACUAUCUGCCUCCCCAGAGCUUUUUCCUUCCACUGAAAACUGCAAAAUCUGACCUCAAGGCCUCAGCUUCUGAGGACACUUCCAGCCCCCCUCCAUAUAGAAAUACACAGGAUAGAGUGAAGGCCAUUCACUCCCUAGCCAGGGAGCUUGGUGAGCGGAUUGAGAUGGCAACUGAAAGACUGAGGGGAACAAGCAGGCUACAAGACUCUAACGACAAUGGAGGAGAGGAACAUCUUCUUUUAGAACCUCCCAGUUGGUCUUCUCUACGGUCAAAGCCCAAGACACCUAAAAGUGAGGGAAACAGGACCAUGAACAUACAAACACUCCUGGGUGUUCAGAGUCCUAAUGGCGUAUGGAUUUCAUUGGACCAUGCACAGGACAGCACUCUCGACUUGGGUAGCCCCGAAGGAGCAGAAGCCCAGGAAAGGAAGGAGCGGAUACAGUCUGACACAGCCGCUGUUAGUGAGGCGUUCCCGUGGAGUUCCAAUUCGGUGAUGCAUGGGAAAGCCCCGGAGGACGUGUGGAAAGGUUUUACCGCAAAGAAGGAAUCUGACAUGGAAACGUGCCUAUUGCAAGGAAAGCUGAUAACCAGCAUGGCCUCUUCAUCUCCCAGAUUCCUCACUAGAAGUCCAGAGAGAAAACCAGCAAAUCAAAGGAAUCGCUCCAUAUUUGAUGCUCUUUCUGAAGCUCAGAAUCAAGGGGAAAUUAUUUCAUCCUCUCCUAGACGAAGUCUCAAAACAUCUCUCAGUCAUGGAUUUGAACCCCGCGCUUCUCCAACCAGGAGGAUUGAGAUGCAAAAAGAAUUUGAGGACGACUUUGGCAGAGACCCCAGAUGCAUAGAUCCUGAGGAGAGAUACAGGGAUCACCUUGAAAAUAUACAGCAAACAUCUCUGAGGCUGGCUCACAAACUGAAGGCCGAUCGGCUCCAACAGGAAGGGCGGCUGGCUAGACUGCGUGAGAAAGCAAAGCUAGAAGCUCAAGAGAGCCAGAGGUCUUUGGAUGAGUUGCUCAAGCAUCAGUUAGUGGGGCUGAAUGGCUCCCAAGCCAGCUGCACUGUGAGGGCAAGACUGAAGCAUGCUAAACAAGACCAGAGAGAAUACCAAUUUGAAGGUGAUCCCGAAAGAGAUGAUACAGCCGAGGACAGCUUUAGAGCACAGUCUCCAAAACAAUCUGCACUGAAAACUGAAAUCAACUGCAAUGUGAUGGAUGCCAUUAAAGCCACCGAGAGAAAAUCCACUGGGGAAAUGAACCUGGAGUCCUCAACCCAGCAACAAGGAUCCCUGUCUGCAAAGCAUGGGGACUCUUUGCCCAUACGUCAAUCCUUGAAUCCUUUGCCUCCUUCAGUAAAUCAGCCCAACAGCAAGACACUCACAGCAGACGAUUCAGGAGACAGCAGCGAACAAAUGGAUUCCACAAGCCAGUGGAGUGAAGUCAGUCAGUUCUAUGGAGGAUCCAGCACCUUUUGCCGUUUUAGUUUGACAAUGGCCGAGCAGUACUUGAGGGAAGAAGAACUACGAGCCCGGCACCAGACUGCCCUCCUUCGACUCCGAGAAAAAGCCCUUCAGGAGAAAACCAAGGCAGAGCUGGCCUGGCUGGAGCAUCGGAAAGGCUGUCUGGAGAAUCUGCGAGACAGUGAGGAAGUGUCUGCUGUAGCUGAGAAGCAGCACAAAAUCCUAACCAGGCUGAAGCAAGAGCAGGCGGAAAUCCAGCACCUGCGAAAUAUCUACAGGGCAGCUCACCAGGAGAGAAAGUUGCUAUUAAAACAGCAGAGAGAAAUCUUACUGAUGCAGCAGUCAACAGCACAACUCCAGCGGGCGCUGCGUGGCUUGGCACAAGGGCCACAGUUUACAAACAGCUCAGCAGAUGCUGAAGAAGCAAUAAAGCAGAAGACUGGGACAAUUUCCAGUCCAGCAAUAUCCUCCAUGCCAGCAGAAGCUACAGCAUACUCACAAAGGCCUGUUCUGUCAAGGAAUGGAAACAGUUGUGCCCAGUUAAAUAAUACACUGAGCAGGAAAUACAAGAGCUUUCCUACUGAGAAAGAGAAAACAUCGCUGCAAGGCAGGCAACAGGCAGAGCUGCCUCAGCGGUGGAAGCGAUGGUCAGGUGCACAAGAUCCCGAGGUGUUUGAAACAAUGGCCAAGGAACCAUCUGAUUCCAGUGAUCAAAGCACAAGCCUACUUGUGAUGGAUAAAGAUUCUGAAAACACAGAGAUUAAUGCUCUCUUACAUUCGGAACACACAAAUUCAGCCGAAAUGGAUGAAGCUACACUCACCCCUGUUCCGAUAGAAGACAAAGCCCAUGAAUUUCUUGAUUCCGAUCAUAAGGAAAAGAAGUUUGUUUCAAACCGAGCACUAGCCCCUAAAGACAAUGAGGAUAUUAAUUCCCAUGACAGUAAUGCUACCUCAUCCUCAGUGGAAGAAUUAGAAAGUGAUACACUGACAAUGGAAAAGGUGCACAGGGUGCAAGGAGAAAGCCAAGAGACUGCAGAAGAUGAAGGCUCAUGCCAUCCAUAUAAGGCUAAUGAUGGUGACAGAGGCUCAGGGUUGAUUUCAGGUGGAACCUCAGCAGUGGAAGCACAGACAGGAAAAGGAAGGCAGUCAGAGGAGCCGAGGACAAAUGUGAACUCCAAACAAGACUCAGACAUCACUUACAUGGGUGUAAAAAAACUCCAGGUGUCUGAAAUCCUUCCACUGCAAGAUGUUCCAGUCAACGAAGAAGAAGCGAAAGUAUCUGCACCAUAUGAGAAAAAUCCUGCUGAGGACAACCAGUUGAUUAAGCAUGUGGACAAUGAUCCGUGUGAUCCCUCUGAUGAAGAGCAUGCUUUGAAAACAUGUUCAGAGGGACUAGGGUCCACAGUAUCAUCCACUGAAUCACACGACUCCUCUCUGAGAUGUGAGAGUGUAAACUCAUACCACUCCCUCCCUGAGUUUCAUAAAGCGACUGCAGUUCGGAUCGAUGUCUCAGAAAGCUCUGUUUCAGACUCUGAAUUAGAACCUCAGGACACAGAUAUCAGCCUCCCUGAGGAGUUUACCAUCCAGCAACAACUGUGUGGUGGUGAUGGUGCUGAUGUGUUUCCUAACCCUUUGACAAAGGCACAGAUAGCAGUAAGUGACAGAAAUGAAUUAUUAUCCAGUGAUAUAUGUGAUGAACAAGUGCCCCACGAUGAUUGCAAUCGUGAGGCCUCAUCGCUCUUUCAUGGCUCUGAAAAACGUCUUGGAGAUGUUUCAGAAUAUGAGUAUACUUAUGAAUCACAUUCUGUCACUUCCUCAAACAGCGAAAAGCCAACGAUAAGUGCCUCAGGUAGAGAAGAACCAUUUUCCUUUCAGUUCGAUAACACUGCUAAUGGAAGGACCAAGCCGUACUUGGAAGCUUCAGCUGUACUGCCUUGCUCAGAAAACUGCAGUGUAAACAAGAUCCCCUCUCAGGGAAAAUCUGAGCAGCAUUCAGAUUCAUCAUCCAGCUCCUUAUUGUAUAAUGAUGACUUUUGUACUGAGAAGACCUUUGAACAACAGGGUUCUGCAACUAGCAAAGCUGAAAAGGAUGGUGAAAGUUAUGAUUUAUCUGUUGGUCAGAGUAAAGUAGCGUUCACGUGGUUUCCAUCCGAAAGUUCCCUGAAGCAUCUAGAUGCUGUUCCUGAGCAGUUCACUAACUGUGUAUUGCUUCCACCUAAAAAAUCCAUGACAAAUGAACAGAUGCCAUUGUUUCCUGUAGACUCUUCACUAGCCUCCAGAGACUCGUCAGGUUUAGAGGAAACUAAAACUAAUCAGACAGAACUUUUAACUGAAGGACACAUAUCCAACAAACCAAACGAAAUUGCAUCGCCACACUUAUCAGUGCCCACAAGUUCUGAAGAGGCUCCUACAGAAGCUGAAGUCAGUUCAUUUGACACACAAACCUUUCAGAGGGUGGCUGCACAAAAUCAAAAUAACUCAGCAAGAGAAGGACAAACCUUCAAGAAACCUGAGAUGGUGCCGUCUUGUUCUAUCACCUCCAAAAAGCAGUUGCCACAAGCGAGACGCUGCCCUUCUGAGAGUGAAGAUGAUAUGAUUUUUAUCAGUGAUGAGGUUCUGCCUCCUAUUGAUAAAGAUGCCUUGUCAGAAAUACUGUCUCCUGUUGAUGAAGUGCUAUCCUAUGGAAGUGUUGAUUUACCAUCAUCUAAUAAAAAAGAUUUGUCAUUGUACAGUGAGGACCUUCCCACACCACCGGAAGAGAUAGGGGGGAUAAAAAGUGGGGACAUUAGCUUCAGCACAGAAGACUUCCCUUCUCCGCCAGAACAAAUGACCUUCUCCGAGAGGAGAGAUUCACACUAUUCUCUGAAUGAAGAUGUGUCAGGACAAACAGACAAGUUACCCUCAUUAGGUGAUAACGCUAUGCCUGAAGAAUUGCCCCCACCAUCUUCAGAGUUAAUGGAUGUUUUUUCAGCUCAGGACGGGACUCUCUCUGGAGGUUGUUGGAGUAAAGAAAUUAUUUCAGGCGGAAAGGAGAACUUAUUAGAACAUGUGACAGUGGAAAACGAGACAACACUGCAGCCAUUAGGCUCACUCUGUAUGUCAAGUCCCACUUCUUCAGGUCAAACCAUUAAAAGGAUGGAACAUUUAAAGAAACAAAGCAAGCCAUUUUUAACGCUGUCCAAAGCUCAGGAAGAUCAUGACAACCCAUUAUUAUCAUUUGAAGUUGGAGACAGAGUAUUAGUGAAGCACAUCCAGCCAGGUACGCUGAUGUUCAAGGGGUGUACCUCUUUCAAUGAAGGCUAUUGGGCUGGCGUGGCACUUGACAAACCAGAAGGUGAUCAUGAUGGAACUUAUGGAGGAGUGAAAUACUUUGUGUGCGCUAAAUAUUUUGGCAUCUUUGUCAGACCUGAUCAAAUUUCACAUCUCUUGGAGGAUAAUGAAAAGAGUUCUGAUUACUCCAGGGAUGAAGACUCGUUCUCUGAUGAUGGAUCAUCCAGGGGGGACUACAAACGUGCUGAUGAUAACCAGCAGGGAACAGGAUAUACAGAGCAGAAACCUGAAGAUACAUACAGUGCACGAGGUUCAGCACUGAAAGAAAACAAGUCUAGAUCGCACGCGUCCAUGCCAUCAGGAAAAGAGCACAAAGGACAGUUUCCUACCGAUGAGCAGUAUAUGUCCAAUGAAUUCAUUUGUCAAGCUGACUUUGUAUGUUUAGAAUCAGAGAAGGAAACAACAGAGCUAACACAAAUAAAGAAGGAGACAAUUGCAGAAGGUGUGCUUCCAAUGAGAAAUAAAGACAGUAACACAGGAGAAGUAAACAAGAGCAAACGUAUUAGUUGCUUGUUGAAAGACCAAGAAAGAAAGAAACUGGCUGAUGAUAUCUCAAGCGAGAUCACAAAAAAACUUUUGUAUGACACUUUAAGUGCAUUUUCUGAUACAACCGAACACAAAUAUAAAAGUGCCUUUGAAAGAGAACUGCGGAAUCAUGUUAAAGGCCUAAAAAAAGAAGGCAAUCACAGCACUAGCUUAUCAGAGCGAUCAGCUGAAGUUUUGGAUGUCUUACUGUGUGACUUUGACACACAUAGCAUUCAUGGGCCUCACACAGCACAAACAGUAGCAGAAAAAAUUGUAACUAAAUUUGUAGAUGAUGCAGUGAAAGAAUAUAAGAAAAUUAAAAGGAAACAAGGAGCUAAAGCAGACAUGAUGUUUCACCUAUCUUCUGAGAUUCCUCAAGGCUCUUUGCCAUUCCUUAUUAAGAUCCUCGAUGCUGGUGUUUUUGGAAGCUGUGAAGAUUUUGAUCAGCUCAAUUCUAUCCAACAUACUAAGGAAAUAAAAACUCAAAGGCAAACUCAGCAUAGAUUAGAUCACUGGCACUCAGCUCCUUGGAAGAAAACAAUGGAGGUUCCUCUGGUGGUACCACAUAAUAGUUCACAUGUGAAGAUACUGUCUGCACAUGCAGUAGAUGAACUAUGGACUCCUCAAAACAUUUGUUCAAAUUCUAGGAGGAUCAAUGUGCCAAAGGAUUUUGAAUGUAAUGACAUCUCAGAUGACGAUCUGGAAGCAGAAAGCAAGAGGAUUUAUAAUCAGGUUAUAGUUGAUUUAACUCAUGAGCUGCUACACGCAGAAUAUCAGGUGACAGCAAAUCCAAAUCCUCUUCCGUGGCUCAAAGAAAAUUUGGAUUCUCGCUAUUACAGACAUAUUUGCAGAAACACAGAUAUCAGUGAGGUCAAGUCAUUUAUUCAGGGAGAAAUUAUUAAGAUAAUGAACUUGGAAAAGAACAGUUUGGAGAUGAAGAGGAAACUCCUUAAUAUGACCAAGUAUGGAAAUUGUAAAAGGGACCGAGUGGAUCUUAUUCUGAUUCAGGAGCUCCACAAAGAAGAAUCUCAGUGGACUGACUAUGCUGAGGAUGAAUUAGCUGUGAAGAUGAGAGUUACUGAAGACAUUUUUGACAGCUUGAUCCUUGAUACAAUAGGAGUUCUUAAAAAGAUCUCUCUCAAAAGAACUUCUGAUUAGAUGUUUCUCUUCGAGCCCACAGUGGUGCAGGUUUUAAGCUCUGUGAGUUUCAAUGCAAUGGUUCCAUAAGCACAUGCUUAAGAAUUUUUAUUCUGAACUUUGCAUCCAAUACCAGCAUCUCCUAGCUAAGUUAUAUGUUCAUGUUCACAGUGAAAAGGGUGCAAACAAUUGACUUAUAGGGAUGAAAAAAUAUCACACACACCCUUAUGCACUGUAGAUAAUGUCUUCAUGGCAGCCCCACAUAUUCUGCUCCAAAAGGCCAAGAAAGGGUCAGCCCAAAGGAGGGGCCACCACAUCUGUGGUUAGGCAGAUCCUAUGACCCCCUACACACCUAUAGAGAGGCUGUGGGAGUGGUCAUUGUGGCAACCUACAGGCUGGAGUUGCAGUAGCAGCAGCUACAGAGCUACCAGCAGCUCUUCACUCUGACCCUGGAUUGUGGAAGUGGAUUUGAUCUCCCUAACCCCCUCCAAGCUCUCCCUAAUUUCUCAGGAUUUACGCAGGUGGAAUGGAUUUCGUUCCCAUAUGAGACCACGAUGCCUGCUCUCUGCACUAAUAUCUCGCCCUACUGCUCAUGUGCCUUAGAACCAUGCUGUGCCUUCUGCUGGUUGUGCUAAACCCCUCAGUUUCUUGAGAUAGUUAAGAUUAAAUUGGAGAAAGCAAAAUUAGACUGGAGCAAGAACAUACUGUACAGAAUGAUCCUGCGCUGGCUGGGGUAGGCAAAUGACCAAGUAGGUAUUUCUGUUUUAGUGUCUGUGCUCUUAUGUAAAUGAGACACAUACCAAUUGUCUGUACACUGUGAUGCACUUUAUAUGGGAUACUUCCUAUCAGCAGCCCAGUUUGAUGAAUGCUGUAUAUAUUUAUGAAAAUAAUUAGGUCUUUGGUAUGCAUUUAGCACAUGUGAGUUUGUUUGAAUUAUUAUAAUUCCUCUAAAAAGAAUGUAUGCUGAGCAUGUACGACUUGCCUUGGAAUGGGCAAAAUUGGGAAACUGAGGAAGUAGAGGAGGAAAAUGAUCACAUUCCUUGAUCUAGAUAAGGUUUCCAUGUGUGCCCUGUACUUGCAUUUUUUUCAUAUUCAGAGAAGACCAAUGACUUUGUUACUGUAUUAAACAAACAUUGGCCAGUAGAGACUAGGCAUCUGAUUUGUUUGCAUAUGAUUUGUUAAUUGGUGUUUUAUUUAAGUUACCAAUAUACAGAAACUGCUUAAAACUGAGGAAUUAAAUAAUUAGUUCAGUUGAUUUAUUAAAUCUUACUCAUUCAGGGAAUCAAGAUUAUUUAAUAUAAUUUAUAUGUAACUGUUUAUAUUUAAGGCACAAUAUUUAAAAUUUGGUAUUGUUGAACAAGAUGUAAUUCAAAUGUAUUUUGUGUUUAUAUUUUUAAAUAUAGAUAUUUCAUGCUGCAGUUUUCAUAUUGAUUUGUUAGGCUUCUGAACAACUUAAAUAA